AUGGAUCGUCGGCUGUUUCUCCUCCUCCUCGCCGUUACGGCGGAGUUGAGCCUGACGAGAUUCACCGACGCAGCGGUCGGAGUGAACUGGGGGAUGGAUUCGUCGCACCCUCUUCCGCCUUCCAAGGUUGUAGAGCUUCUGAAAUCCAACGGCAUUGCCAAGGUGAAGCUCGUCGAUGCCGACCCAGAAGUUCUCCGAGCUCUCUCUGGUUCCAAUAUUGGUAUCACUGUAGGAAUCCCUAAUUUCAUGAUUAAGAGCUUGAAUGCGUCCAGAAAGGUAGCAGAGAGCUGGGUCCAUGACAAUGUCACUCGUUACUUCGACGGCGGAAACAGAGUUCGAAUCGAGUAUCUUCUUUCUCCUUCUCUUCCGCUUUCCAAAUAG